CUGUGUUGUGAGCACCAUUGCUGGACACAUUCACACCUCCACUCUCUCCCGGGAACGCUCGCUCGCGGCUCUCUAUUCCUGAGGAGUUACUAGAAAGAGAGAGAGAGAGAGAGAGAGAGAGAGAGAGAGAGAGAGAGAUAAUAUGUGACGAGCAAGACAGUACUCCCCUUCCACUUCAAGCACACACACAAAGAAGCACAGAAUAAACAUAUUGUAAGAACACAAACUAAACAUGAUAACAGUCACAGAGAACGCGGAGGAGAGAGGCGAGAGCGCCCACCAGGAGAACACCGUUUAUGGAAUAGAAAAGAAUGCAUUAAUUCGUUUGGCGGUGUUUGUUGUCUUUCUGUGGCUCAUUGUGCUCCUGUCGGUGGUGGCGGCGGUCGGCAUGUACACCUCGCAAGCCAAUCAUAUGAUAGUGAUGUCCUGCAUGGCCGUCUUCUCCGUCGCUUUGGGGAUUGCUUCCUGGAAACUCAACGCCAUCAUCAGCUUGUCCAAGAUUGUGACGGAGGACGCGGCCGCCAAAGCAGAUCCUCCGCCGACCUACGAAGACGUGCUACACUCCGAGGCCCCGCCACCGUCUUACUUCUCUGUAGUGAGUGAGGCGGAGAGCAGUGACAGCAGUGACCCCGCCAGUCCAGCGAAGCCUGUCUCCCCUAAAUGUGAAGACACUCACGCCAGUCAUGAAAGCAACCGUCCUUCCAAACAGCUGAACACCAGGGACAACGCCACCUUCAGAAAGUGGCUGGCUAACCCUGGCAUGCUGCACUCUGUCAUUUUGCGAUCCUCGCGGCAAUCGUCGGCAAGACACCCCGCACCCCAGCAGUCCCUCAAGCUCCCCGAGGGCAGGGGCCUUCGUCUCCGCAGGACCUCAAGCACACCUUCUCUCACUGGUGUGACAAGUCCGUCUCCCCUCGCCCGCUGCCCCAGCACUCCCUCUCUCCAUGAUACUUGUGGCUGCUUCUGACGCGACGCGCACACUACACUAUAUCUCAACAGAUCUCAACGCUAUUAUUUUGUAGCGUGACAUUGGCGAGAACAUGAUUCCAUCCGCUUCCUUGCCCUACAAGUUCAGCCACAAGCAACGUCAAUCACAUUUCCACAUCAUAAGUGGAUCGAGUGAUGAGCUACGAGGGGCAGAUGGCUACGCCGCAAAGACUGACUGUAUGAUGGGAACGAGAACAAGAUAACGCGUUGAAGAUCACUGAGAAGGUAGAGAAAAAAAAACGACGAAAUGAAAUGCAGGUGCUAUCCGUGUGUGUGUGUGUGUGUGUGUUAAGGUAAGUCAUUAGCUUUGGCUGUGAAACACCAGUGGCAAUUCUGGGGUACAUUUUUGCAAAGUGUGUGUGUGUGUGUGUGUGUGUGUGUGUGUAAGACUUAGAGGCUUACGGUAGAUAGCUCUGUAGAUAGAUGCAUGAAUAGACUGAUAUGAUUGCGUACUACCUACAAAGAUUGGUUCACUGGGCAGAUAGUUGUCAGCACUAUCCAAAGAACCAUUAUGUGUUGUUUAGUGUAUAUAUUAUGAAGGUUUGUACAUAUGUAGAUGUAAUGUAAGGCUAAGAGUGUCUCAAUGUACUGUCAUCACCCAUGUUACUAUUGUUUGUGUUACUUGAAAUAAUGAUCACAUCUUCACUAAGGUUAAGGCGCUUUAUGGUUGUGCUCAAAUAAUGCCAAAGUAUAUGCCUUAAGAUUUUGUGUACAAGUACUGGCCAGUAAAUAAUCUUUUGAAAUAU